AUCAAGAUGAAUGCCGACUGAAAGGUAAACAAAAAUUUUCUAAUCACAUUUCAAUCGAAUAUCCACCAGAUUUUUGCUAAUUCCUUACACGGCCCUAUCGUGACUACCGCACAUUAACGAAUUAUACGAAAAGUCCUUAUAAAUAUGCAUCAGAUUCGGUGAUUUGUUUAUACACAACGUCCCAAAUUAUUAACCUAAAAUUGAUAGAUUUCAGUGCAACAAAAAAUGAUCCACCCAGUAGGUAUAUUAAACUUACUUGCACGUAAAUGAUUGGAAAGAAAUGAAAUUUUGUAUACGAUUUUUUCACUGAGAUUUUGUAUACAUAGAGGAUUCCCAUGCGAAAAUGGCAGAAAUGAGCGAAUCUGUGGAUUCCACAUCAUCCCAGGACAGGACCGAUUUGGUGGCCUACUGGAGUGUACCCCUCUUAGACGGGGUGCACACAGUCGAAUUCGAGCACGGUACUACCAGUGGAAAACGAGUUUUACGCGUAGAUGGAAAUGAAAUUCUAAGGCGAGAAUGGAUGUUUAAAUUGGUGGGAGACGAGGAUUUCUAUUUAGGGAAACAGGAGGCCAAAUGUGUGCUAAAAGUCGAUCCAAUGCCGCACUUUUCAUUCUCCUACAGCCUCUUCGUCGACGGAAAACCGCUCAGGAAAUUCACCGAAAAGCAAUCGCAAUCCAUCAGGAACUGGUCGGUGAUCAUCGAAGGGAAACGGUAUCGAGUAGUUUUCGAGAAACAAACACUGAACAUCUACGUAAACGGCCAAUUAGUGGACGCCGAAAGCACCUUCAUAGCCAACGGCACCGAAAUGAAAUUCGAAAUGGGCUCCAGCACGGCGGUGAUCAGAGCCGAAACGGCCAUGAAGAAAGAAGGGGUCAUCCACCAGCUAUUCGUCGACGAUAAACUAAUCGAAGAAGACAUUAUAUUCUGA